AUGAAAAAUGAAAAAGGAGUUACAAUUAGUUACUUAGUUGAAAGUUCAUCAACCAUAGAUAGAACUAAUCCCUUCAAGAGAAGAAUUCAUUCAAAUCCAAUUAUAUUAGGGACAAGAAGGAAAUUUGGUUGUAAUCGUCGAGCACAACUUUUAGCCAUUGCUCAUGAGUUAAGGCAUCAUCAACAACUAUCUCACAAGUCAUCAUCGAAACAAAAACACAAGAAAUGGAGAUGGACAAAAAGGAUUAGAUUGUCAUUUUCCCGUUUGUUUCGUAGAAAUGAUAAGCAAUGGAGGUAUGAGAACAUUGGAACACAAGGCUGCAAAGGAGCAAGAAAGAGAACAACUAAUUUUUGUAAUAAAUUGAAGGGCUUCUUCAAGGACAUCUUAGGUGUCUGGCAAUUUUAUAAGCAAUCGUAA